GACAGAGAGGCGUUUUGCCCUUCAUGAACAGGCGCGUGGUGGACAGAUGACCGGCCCCCGCCCUGCGCUGCACUAGGGGCCGGUGGUGGCACCGUCGAGGGAAGGAUGGACGCCAAAGACGAAGGUUCCCAUGUGUGGCCACCGUCUGCAGAGCACGAAGGCAGCACGGCGCAGGUACACUUCGUUCCGGAGGCUGGGACCGUGGCCCAGAUCGUCUACACUGAUGACCAGGUCCGGCCACCCCAGCAGGUGGUGUACACGGCUGACGGCGCCUCCUACACGUCCGUGGAUGGGCCGGAGCACACGCUGGUGUACAUCCAUCCCGUGGAUGCUGCGCAGACUCUGUUUACAGACCCGGGCCAGGUAACUUAUGUGCAGCAGGACACUACGGCUCAGCAGGCCACGUUGCCGGUGCAUGGCCAGGUGCUGCCUUCCAUGGAGGAAGGCGUGGACGCCGCCGACCCUCUGGCCACCCUGCAGAACCCCAUGGACAGGCUGGAGGCCAAGGAGGAGGAGGAGGAAGAGGAAGAGGAGGAGGAAGAGGAAGAAGAAGAAGAGGAGGAGGAGGAGGACUCUGAAGAGGAUGAGGAGGAGGACGGGGAGGACACGGACCUGGAUGAGUGGGAAGCUGACCCACCCCGGCCCUUUGACCCGCACGACCUCUGGUGUGAGGAGUGUAACAACGCCCACUCGUCCGUGUGCCCCAAGCACGGCCCGCUGCACCCCAUCCCCAACCGGCCGGUGCUCACGCGCGCCCGCGCCAGCCUCCCCCUGGUCCUCUACAUCGACAGGUUCCUGGGCGGCGUCUUCUCCAAACGGCGUAUCCCCAAACGCACCCAGUUUGGCCCCGUGGAGGGGCCCCUGGUCAGGGAGUCCGAGCUGAAGGACUGUUACAUUCACCUGAAGGUAUCUCUGGAGAAAGGGGACAGAAAAGACAGGGAUUUGCAUGAAGACCUGUGGUUUGAGUUGUCUGACGAGACCGUUUGUAACUGGAUGAUGUUUGUGCGUCCAGCCCAGAACCACCUGGAGCAGAACCUGGUGGCUUACCAGUAUGGCCACCACGUGUACUACACCACGAUAAAGAACGUGGAGCCCAAGCAGGAGCUGAAGGUUUGGUAUGCGGCGUCCUACGCGGAGUUCGUGAACCAGAAAAUCCACGACAUUUCCGAGGAAGAGAGGAAAGUUCUCCGAGAGCAGGAGAAGAACUGGCCCUGCUACGAGUGUAACCGCCGGUUUAUAAGCUCAGAACAGCUGCAGCAACACCUCAAUUCUCAUGAUGAGAAGCUCGACGUGUUUAGCAGAACGAGAGGCCGAGGAAGGGGACGAGGCAAGAGGCGGUUUGGCCCAGGUCGUCGGCCAGGGCGCCCGCCCAAAUUCAUCCGCUUGGAAAUAACCAGCGAGAAUGGGGACAAGUGUGACGAUGGGACACAGGACUUGCUGCACUUCCCUGCCAAGGAGCAGUUUGAUGGGCCCGAGCCAGCCUCUCUGAACGGGCUGGACCAGCCCGAGCAGCCCACGCUCCCCCUCCCUCAGCUGCCCCAGGAGACCCCCGCCGUUCUGGAGCAGGAGCCCGAAGCUCACAGCCUCCACCUGCAGCCCCAGCAGGAGGAGAACGUGCUGCCCGCCCCGAGCACCCUGACGGCCGACGACAUGCGCAGAGCCAAACGCAUCCGGAAUGCGGCUCUCCAGCAUCUGUUCAUUCGGAAGUCCUUCCGGCCUUUCAAAUGCCUGCAGUGUGGGAAGGCCUUCCGGGAGAAGGACAAGCUGGACCAGCACCUGCGCUUCCACGGGCGCGAGGGCAAUUGCCCUUUGACCUGUGACCUCUGCAACAAGGGCUUCAUCAGCAGCACGGCCUUGGAGAGCCACAUGAAGCUGCACUCGGACCAGAAGACCUACUCUUGCAUCUUCUGCCCCGAGUCCUUUGACCGCCUGGACUUGUUGAAGGACCACGUGGUCAUUCAUAUCACUGAUGGCUACUUCACCUGCCCCACCUGUAAGAAACGGUUCCCAGACUUUAUCCAGGUGAAGAAACACGUGCGGAGCUUCCACUCGGAAAAGAUCUACCAGUGUACGGAGUGCGACAAGGCCUUCUGCCGCCCCGACAAGCUGCGUCUGCACAUGCUGCGACACUCGGACCGCAAAGAUUUCCUGUGCUCCACGUGUGGGAAGCAGUUCAAGCGGAAAGACAAGCUGCGGGAGCACAUGCAGAGGAUGCACAACCCCGAGAGGGAGGCCAAGAAGGCCGACCGCAUCAGCCGCUCCAAGACCUUCAAGCCGCGCAUCACGUCCUCGGACUACGACAGCUUCACCUUCAAGUGCCGCCUGUGCAUGAUGGGCUUCCGGCGCCGCGGCAUGCUGGUGAAUCACCUGUCCAAGAGGCACCCGGACAUGAAGAUCGAGGAGGUGCCGGAGCUGACGCUGCCCAUCAUCAAGCCCAACCGCGACUACUUCUGUCAGUACUGUGAUAAGGUGUAUAAAAGCGCCAGCAAGCGGAAAGCGCAUAUCCUGAAGAACCACCCGGGGGCCGAGCUCCCGCCCAGCAUCCGGAAGCUGCGUCCUGCGGGCCCCGGAGAGCCGGACCCCAUGCUGAGCACCCACACCCAGCUCACAGGCACCAUCGCCACCCCUCCCGUCUGCUGCCCGCACUGCUCCAAACAGUACAGCAGCAAGACCAAGAUGGUGCAGCACAUCCGGAAGAAGCACCCCGAGUACGCCCAGCUCCCCAACACCUUCCACACCCCUCUGGCCCCCGCCGUCAUCAGCACGACUCCCGCCGUGCUGACGACCGACAGUGCCACUGGCGAGACGGUGGUGACAACCGACCUGCUCACCCAGGCCAUGACGGAGCUGUCGCAGACCCUGACCACGGACUACCGGACGCCGCAGGGCGACUACCAGAGGAUCCAGUACAUCCCCGUGUCACAGUCCACACCCGGCCUGCAGCCGCCUCAGCACAUCCAGCUGCAGGUGGUGCAGGUGGCCCCAGCCACCUCCCCACACCAGCCUCAGCAGUCGACGGUGGACGUUGGCCAGCUGCACGACCCACAGACCUACACCCAGCACGCCAUCCAGGUGCAGCACAUCCGGGUCACGGAGCCCCCCACCUCAGCGGCCCCUACCUCCCAGGUGGCGGGCCAGCCGCUGAGCCCCUCCUCGCAGCAGUCCCAGCCAGGGCUAAGCCCCUCGCAGAUCCAAGGCAGCACAUCGGCGCAGGCCCAAAGCCUCCAGCAGCAGCCGCAGGGCGCCACGGUGCAGCACACCUACCUGCCCAACGCCUGGAACUCCUUCCGGGGCUACUCCUCUGAGAUUCAGAUGAUGACACUACCUCCAGGUCAGUUUGUGAUCACAGACAGUGGCGUGGCCACUCCCUUGCCCGCUGGCCAAGUGAAGGCCGUCGCUACGGGGCAUUAUGUGUUGUCAGAGAACCAACCGGAAUUAGAAGAAAAGCAAGCCGCUGCCCUCGCUGGUGGAGUCCAGGUUCAGGCAGCUGCACCCGGUGAUUUGGACCCCCAGAGCACGCAGCCGCAGCCCACGCAGUUCAUCAUCACCACCACCACCAAUGGGGACGGUGCCAGUGACGUGCAGUUGGCCAAACCCUGACCCGCCCCAUGCUCUGCCCCCAACGCAUCAUGUCUCCUGUCUCUUCUCAUUCCAAGGCCAGAAGCUCCGGCCCCUGCGAGCUCUUUCUUUUAAGAUCAAUCAUUUACUCAAGAGUUUGGAAACCAGUUUUGACACUCAUGCAGACAGCCGGGGCAUAUGUUACCAAGGUCAGCUUUUUCUUAUGAGCUCUUGAAACCGUCGGAGUUUCUGCCGCAGAAGGGAACUCUCGGGGGGAAAGCAGAUUUCAAGAAGGAGUAACUUUGCCUUGCUCUUGAUUUUUUUUUUUUUUGGUUGUCGUUCUGUUUAGCACAGUGAUAAGCCUUAUUUUUUCCUUUGUGGAAAUAUGAAGUGGUGUAUUGUGUUUGUACCAAAGGUCAAGAAAGGAUGUGCCAAGUCCGUGGCCACGGGACUUCUUAACGCCAAGCCAUGACACCAAAGGAGAAGGGCGUUCAUGGGGGUCUGCUUCACCUCGUGUGUUUUGAGUUGUCAGUCAUUUCACAAAAGGAGCCAACUGAAGAAGAACAUUAAGAAAAUGAUGAAACAAAGGGUUGACAGUGAUCUUCGGAAGGGAAAAAAGCUGUCAUCUAGAUUUUUCUUAUGGCU